CCCUUAUUUGUUAGAACUACAUUAUAUACCUUUGUGUGAGUGUAUCUAUCUCUCUCUUCAAUUUAAUCAUUUUGCAUAGAAGAUAGCCAUUAUAUAUAAUCAAGAAAGAAGAGGUUAUGUUAUUUGAUGGAAGUAAUUGGCCGGAAAAUGGACUUGAAUCUCAAGGAAACUGAGCUAUGUUUGGGGCUGCCUGGUGGCGGUGGAGAAUUAAGAGCAGCUCAUCCUGCUGAUCACAAUAAUAUUGACUCCAUCACUAAAAAAAGAGGAUUUUCUGAGACUGUUGAUCUGAAACUCAACCUUCAAUCCAAUUUGGAUCUGAGUAAGGAGAAAAUAAAGAAUCCUUCUAAGGAAACUUGCAACAAGGACUCAGCCAAGCCACCAGCUAAGACACAAGUGGUGGGAUGGCCACCAGUGAGAUCAUACAGGAAGAACAUAAUGGCACAAAAAGGCGGCAGCAUUUGUGAAGAAAGUGAGAAUUCAAAGGGAGGAAUAUGCAGCAGUGCAGCAUUUGUGAAGGUGUCCAUGGAUGGUGCACCUUACCUUCGAAAGGUAGACUUGAAGAUGUACAAAAGCUACCAACAACUCUCUGAUGCUUUGGCCAACAUGUUUAGCUCCUUUACUAUGGGUAAUUAUGGGGCCCAAGGAAUGAUAGAUUUUAUGAAUGAGAGGAAACUGAUGGAUCUCCUCAACAGUUCUGACUAUGUACCUACCUAUGAAGAUAAGGAUGGGGACUGGAUGCUCGUGGGAGAUGUACCUUGGCAGAUGUUUGUUGAUUCAUGCAAGCGUUUGCGCAUAAUGAAAGGAUCCGAAGCUAUUGGACUUGCACCAAGAGCCAUGGAGAAAUGCAAGAGCAGGAACUGAGCAAUAGUUCGGCAAUUUAUGGAGACUUGAAAAUGUUGAUGAAGCAGUUUAGUUGAGGAGGAAGAUGUCCAUGUGUCUGUAUUUUUAUUUGAUGGUAUACGUAGAUAAUUCAAGAAAUGAUCUUUGGAAAUUUGUAGUGGAAAAGAAGCAGCAAUAAACUGAAAACCCUAAUGUCUGGUUUGUUUAUUACUAAUGGGGCUUGUUUAAUAAUUGUCCCUCAAUUUCUUUCCAUUUUCUUUCUCCUCUUUGGGUGGUUGUUCUUGUCCUCGCUGUUAUAGUGAUUGAGUGUUUUAUUCCUUCAUUUUUAAAUAACAUUUUUUCCAGUAACCAGAUUUUCCGCA